AUGGGCGUUCCGACCUUUUUCAGAUGGAUCUGCGUCCGGUACCCCAAAGUCAUUCGAGACACAAUCGAACGAGAGCCGGUGGAGAUGGACGGCCGAAUGGUGCCAGUGGACCUAGACGAGGAUGCACCGAACGGCGAUUUCGACAAUCUGUACUUGGACAUGAACGGAAUCAUCCAUCCCUGCUGCCAUCCCGAAGACGGGCCGGCACCAGAGGACGAGGAGCAUAUGUACGAGAACAUCUUCCUUUAUCUCGAUCGCCUUUUCCGGAUCGUCAGGCCGAAGCGACUCGUGUACAUGGCGAUUGAUGGUGUCGCGCCGCGUGCCAAAAUGAACCAGCAGCGCGCUCGUCGAUUCCGGGCUGCACAGGAGAGGGAGGAGAUGGAGCGAGAACAGGAAAGGCUCCGACAAGACUGGGAGGCAGAAGGGCGAACACUUCCCAACAGAACAUCGGGAAAGGUCUUCGACUCUAACGUCAUCACUCCUGGAACGAACUUCCUGCACAAAAUGUCGGAGGCUAUCCGGUACUACAUUCACGACCGCACGACAAACGAUCCACUCUGGCAAAAGCUCAAGUUUCGUGUCAUCCUGUCGGAUGCAAACGUUCCAAGCGAGGGCGAGCACAAAAUCAUGCAGUUCAUUCGACUGCAGCGGGCACAGCCGGACUACGAUCCGAACACCAGGCACUGCUUGUAUGGUGCCGAUGCGGAUCUCAUCAUGCUGGGCCUGGCCACCCAUGAGGCGCACUUCUCCAUCAUUCGGGAGGUUGUGAUCCCAAAAGCGGAAAAGAAGUGCACCCUUUGUGGAGGCACCGGCCAUGUUGCUUCGGAGUGCACCGGCGACGGGGAUGACAUGGACGACAGCAUUGCCAUCCAGAAGCCCUUCCAAAUCGUUUCUUUGCCUGUGUUGCGCCAAUACCUUCAAUUGCAAUUCGCAGAGCUCGUCAAUCGUAUGUGUGUUGAUGACUUUGUCUUCAUGUGCUUCUUCGUGGGCAACGACUUUUUGCCACAUCUUCCAUCCUUGAGCAUCAGGGAUGGCAGCAUUGACCAAAUGAUCGCGCUCUAU